AUGGCAUGUGACACUCGUCCUCUCCACGACGGCUUCAUGUCGGUGGCAUGGCUGGCGCGGUAUGCCAGAUGCGGCCUCUACGGCGAGAGCGACGUCCAAGCAGGAAAGGUGCGCGUGUGCAGCGUGCAAGGUCGCGCGGUCCGUGAUGGCGAAGGACGCUCGUGA